ACCAUGUGUAACAUUUUACUCGGAAUCUUAGUUGGAACAAGUAGUUAAAUCUACCGAUCCAGUCUAACAGAGAACUAGGUAACUGUACUAUGAAACAUGAAUGUGGCUUCCAGGGUGGGGUGCGCCAUAACCAGAACCAGAACUGCACCUAAUCUAUCAUUCUUUCACUCUCUUCUCCAGAACGACAACGCCACGUGUCCUCUUGUCAUCUUUCGUCAACUCCUAGAUGCUAAUGCCAACCCCAACGAUCUCACUUUCUCAUUGCUCAUCAAAUCGUGCGUCUCUUCUUCUUCUUCUUCACAUUCUUACGCUCUAUCUUCUGCGAGACUUCAAGUAACACAGAUUCAAAGUCAGUUCCUCAAACGGGGUAUCAACCAUUUUGUCUAUGUAUAUACUGCUCUUAUUGAUUUCUGCAUGAAAUUUGGGUUUACCACUCAUGCACACCAACUGUUUGAGGAUAUGACUUACCGAGAUGUUGUUUCUUGGAACGUAUUGAUUUGUGGGUAUUCACAAAAUGGCCAUCCUUAUGAUGCUCUGCAAUUCUUUAUACACAUGAUUAGACAUGGUUUCACACCUAAUCAAACCACCAUGGCUAGUUUGCUACCUUCUUGUGGUCACAAUGGGCUAAUUCUUCAGGGGAGAUCCAUUCAUGGGUUUGGAAUCAAAGCUGGCCUUGCUUCGGACCCUCAAUUGAGUAAUGCCCUUACCUCAAUGUAUGCUAAAUGUGAUGAUUUGGGAGCAUCCCAACUCUUGUUUGAAGAAAUGGGCGAGAGAAACGUUGUCUCUUGGAAUACCAUGAUUGGUGCCUAUGGCCAAAAUGGUUUCUCUGACAAGGCACUCUUUUGCUUCAAAGAGAUGCUAAAGGAAGGUUUGAAUCCCAGCCCAGUGACUAUGAUGAAUCUUCUUUCAGCAAAUGUUGAUCCUGAAACUUUCCAUUGUUAUAUUACCAAAUGUGGCUUAAUCAAUAAUGAUUCUGUCAUUACCUCGCUGGUUUGUCUAUACGCAAAACAAGGGUUCACAGAUAUAGCGAAAUUGCUUUACAAGUGCUUUCCCUCAAAACGCCUGAUUUGCUUAACUGCUAUAGUCUCUAGCUAUUCUGAAAAAGGUGAUAUUGACUCCGCUGUUGAGUUUUUUAUACAAACUCUGCAGUUAGACAUAAAACCAGAUGCAGUUGCCUUGAUUACUGUCCUUCAUGGAGUUAAUAAUCCUUCUCAUUUUGCUAUUGGAUGUGCUUUCCAUGGUUAUGCUUUGAAAAGUGGGCUGACCACCGACUCUUUAGUUGCAAACGGGCUGAUAAGCAUGUAUUCUAGAUUCGAUGAGAUAGAAGCUGCGUUGUCGUUGUUUACUGAUAUGAGUGAAAAACCGCUGAUCACUUGGAAUUCUGUGAUAUCCGGCUGUGUGCAGGCCGGAAAAUCAAGUGAUGCCAUGCUGUUGUUCUGCAAAAUGAACGCAUGUCGACAAAAAUCAGAUGCAAUUACUAUAGCUAGUUUACUAUCCGGGUGUUGCCAGCUCGGGGAUCUUCGAAUUGGUGAGACACUGCAUGGCUAUGUUCUGAGGAACGAUGUGGAAUUGGAAGAGUUUACAGGAACUGCUCUGAUAGAUAUGUAUACUAAGUGUGGAAGAUUAGACUACGCUGAAAAGGUAUUUCAUAGCAUAAAUGAUCCAUGUUUGGCAACAUGGAACUCUAUUAUAUCAGGUUAUAGUUUAUAUGGACUUGAACAUAAAUCUUUCAGUUGUUAUUCUAAACUGCAAGAGCAAGGCCUAAAACCGGAUAAGAUAACCUUCUUGGGAGUUUUGGCAGCAUGCAUCCAUGGGGGACUUGUUUGUGAAGGAAUAGAAUACUUCCGUAUCAUGACAGAAGAGCAUAAAUUGAUGCCAGGCUUGCAACAUUAUGCUUGCAUUGUUGGUCUACUGGGGCGAGCAAGCUUCUUUGAGGAAGCAAUUGAGUUCAUCAACAAUAUGAAAAUCCGGCCUGAUUCUGCUGUCUGGGGAGCCUUGUUAAGUGCUUGUUGCAUCCAACAAGAGAUUCGGCUUGGAGAAUGUUUGGCUAAAAAACUAUUUUUCUUGAAUAACAAAAAUGGUGGAUUUUAUGUAUUGAUGUCAAAUCUUUAUGCAAUUGUUGGGAGGUGGGGUGAUGUAGCAAGGGUGAGGGAUAUGAUGAGAGACAGUGGAGGAGAUGGCUGUUCAGGAGUUAGUGUUAUUGAAGUGGCAUCCCUCCAUCACAUGAAUAACAACUUAGUGCUAAAUGAAGCCUAUUUGAAUACAAGUAACUGGCAACAUUUAUGUCUAUAUUAA